AUGGCUCCACCACAAGAUUCCAACAACCAACAGCCCUUGGCUACCAUGACGGCCACAUCCUCUGCUACGACCGUUGCGACCAAGACUUCUUUGCCACCAUCAUCAUCUAGUGCUCCCAUUGCUUUGCCUACUCGCAUGGUCUUGAGUGCCUUUGCAGGAAUGGGAGCGGCUACCAUUUGCCAUCCAUUGGACGUCAUUCGAGUUCAAAUGCAAACCUUUUCCUACCGCAAUACUGGACAUGCUGCCGUUUCCAUUUACCAAAAUGGGGGUCUCGUCAAUGGCCUGUAUGCCGGAGUCUCGGCUGCCUACCUCCGUCAAUGGCUGUACGGAAGUUGCCGCAUGGGAAUCUAUUCCUACCUGCUAGAACAAGAAAAGAUCAAGAAGGGUGGGGCCGACAAUAUUUCCUUUGGCACCAAAUUGGGCAUGGGCUCCAUUUCCGGUGGAAUUGGUAGCUUUGUCGGCACUCCCUCCGAAGUGGCCUUGGUCCGCAUGUCCGCCGAUUCCAAAUUGCCCGUGGCCGAACGACGUGGCUACACCAAUGUCGUAAACUGCCUGCAACGCAUUGCUAGUGAAGAAGGCGCGGCCAAUUUGUGGAAGGGUGCCACACCCACCGUGGCCCGGGCCACUCUGUUGAGUGCCUGUCAAAUGGGUGUCACCAGUCAAGCCAAAUCGUAUUUGGCCAAACAAGAACAAUACUUUGGCAAGAAUGGUCAAUGGUUGGGUGGUUAUCCCAUGAUGCUCUGUGCCACCUUGUGCAGUAGCUUUUGCGCCAACAUUGUGGCCAAUCCCUUUGACGUUCUCAAAUCGAGAAUCCAACAAGAUAGCAAGAACUUGUACUCGGGCAUGGUUGACUGUUUCGUCAAGAGUGUCAAGGGCGAGGGAAUCUUUGUCUUGUGGAAGGGAUUUACUCCAGCCUUUGUCAAAUUGGCACCCUACACCAUUAUCAGUUUGACCUUGGUAGACAAGCUUACCAAGGCUGCGACUGGAAAGGAAGCUCUUUAA